UCCCACCUACCGUCUAAUCCCGACCGUCCGUUGUGCAGCCAAAGGCCACGAGAGAUCUGCUCGGCUUGCCUUGUCGUCUCACUCCGUUCCCCUCCCGUCCGUCUCCUACAUAUCGCCGGCUCGCCGUCGUUCGUCGCCGCAUCCUCCUCCUCCUCCUUCGCCUGCCCGAUGCGCCCGUAGCGAACUGACCGUAGGGUUUGCUGGAGUGUCGCCGCACGUCGCUCGUGGUGGGACUGGUUUCGGCGUCCAUUUCGGGUUGAAGCAGCCUCGGCUUCCGCGCCGGUAAGCCGCCGAGGCUGGAGGUGAGUCUGGCGGAGUGAAGAUCCACCUGAAACUCGAUCGGUUCCUCGGAUAAGUUGAGGUGAGAUGGCGAACCUGCAGCCUUCCCUCACCAUUCCCCCCUCGUUCGCCGGGGCCUCGCCGCCGUCUCCCUCGCCGGUGGCUGGGAGCAGCAGCGGCCCCGCCCUGGGCCAGGCGGCCAAGGACAAGAAGAUGGCGUCGGCGGAGCAGCUGGUGCUGGAACUCUGUGACCCUGAACUUCGCGAGAACGCGCUGCUUGAGCUCUCCAAGAAAAGAGAGAUAUUUCAAGAUCUUGCCCCGCUGCUGUGGCACUCAUUUGGCACAAUUGCUGCGCUACUCCAGGAGAUCGUGUCUAUCUACCCUUCACUUUCACCUCCAACACUAUCACCUGGUGCAUCAAAUCGAGUUUGCAAUGCUCUUGCACUUCUGCAGUGUGUCGCAUCGCACCCUGAGACCAGGAUCCUUUUCUUAAAUGCUCAUAUUCCACUGUACCUGUACCCGUUUCUGAAUACUACCAGCAAAACAAGACCUUUUGAGUACUUGAGGCUUACUAGCCUGGGUGUCAUUGGUGCUCUUGUCAAGGUUGAUGAUACUGAAGUCAUCAGUUUUUUGCUGCAAACUGAAAUAAUUCCUCUGUGCUUACGAACCAUGGAGAUGGGCAGUGAGCUGUCAAAAACUGUGGCAACCUUCAUUGUCCAAAAGAUUCUCCUAGAUGAUGUUGGGCUGCGCUACAUCUGUGCCACUGCUGAGCGUUUCUUUGCUGUAGGCAGUGUUUUGGCAAACAUGGUUGUUUCACUUGCUGAUCAGCCCUCCACAAGGCUGCUGAAGCACAUCAUUCGUUGUUACCUCAGGCUGUCAGAUAAUCCCAGGGCCUGUGCUGCAUUGCAAAGCUGCCUUCCUGACAUGCUCAAAGAUGGGACAUUUAAUAACUGUCUUAGGGAUGACCCAGCUACAAGGCGGUGGCUCCAACAGCUGCUGCACAAUGUGACAGGUGGGGGAGGCAUGGGAGGAGCUCCUCAGCCAGGCCUGGAUCAUAUGAUGGGCAUAUAAGAAGAUGAAGCAGUCUAGUCGUUGCAAUUCACUACAAUAAUACAUCAUCUCGCAGUGAAUUGCAACUAGAGAAGAUCUGUCUGCUGUCCAGAAGAAACGUAGUAUGCUCUAGUCUAACUUUUUGCAGGGGUAAACAAAGAAGAAAGGAUUGUUGUGUGGUAUUACCUUAAGUGCGGUUAAGCUGAUGUGUGUUCAUCAUGUAAUGCUGUGGAAAAACAAGCACAGCAGGCUGCUCCUUUUCUGUGCUUGCACCGGAACUCUUUUGCUUUGACAGUUCAGAACCUGAGAACAAAGAGGAAGAACCCCGUUCCGUGAAGCUUUCUCUCUC